ACACGGUUAGAAAGGAUUUCGGAUGGAUGUAUGGAAUUUAUCAAUCCGCAAGUAAUCGAAUGCUUAAUGUGCAGUAUGACAUACACGCUACAUCGCCCAUACAAUAUGUGCCGUGCUAUUCGUCAUUUACGAGCACGACAUCAAAAUUUGAUGCCUGAAUUUGGGAAGACUGCGCCGCAAAUGCAACCUGCAACAGGUUAG